AGCGCCGCGGCGAGCCCGACGCAGGCAGUGCUGCCUGGCGACCUGGUGUCGCCGGUGCGCAGCCCGACGGUGACCCGACCCGACCUGGCUGCGUUGGUACGGCAGGAGGAGCGCGGUCCAGCAGCGCUUCGAGAUCAGGCUGUGGUCUGUCCGCUGCGACCGGUUCGAACCGCGACCUCAUCUCCCGGAGUACUGAGCUAUGAUAGCGUCAGAGGCGACCUGACACUGCCACUGUGACCUUGCCCUGUGCCGAACUAGCAGGCCACAGCCGUCGGAUGCUGGCUGAACGUUCGAACUUGGCUUGCCUUCGCGCCCAGCCGUGCCCAGCGGCCGUCGGACAGCGGAAGCUGGAACUGAACCAUCGACCACGGUGUCAUCGAAUCGGAGCAGGUCUUCGACAGCCCAGAUGGCAGCCGUAGGAAAACUGAAGGUAACGGAAAGCCGCCACAUGAAAGCAACGAACGUUUUGGAUCUCAUCAUGGAUACAAACAGCGCCGCGAAGGAGAACUGUGGCCUAGUUCCGGAAAACGCCAACUUUAGAAAAGCCACCUCCGACCCGCGCCCGAGCGCGAACAAUCCAAACCGGGACGCCUGUGAUCUCGUUAGAGAGACAGGUGGUCUCGCAACCAUCUCCUGCGAUCUCGCUCCGGAGACAAAGAACUGUGCGACGGCCUCUUCCCAUCUCGCCAUCGAGAUGGAGGCCCUCCAGGCCGCGCUGAAGCAGAAGGAUCUGCUCAUAUCCAGCUUGCAGAGCCAGCUGCUGGCGGUGUGCCAGUCUCGCUCCAGCCGGGAGGCGGAGCGCGCGGCUAGAGAGCGAGAGCGCGCUCUGCUGCUGGAGCGAUCGGUGCACCUGCAGCAGCAGAUCGACAGGAGGCGGGCCCACGUCAAGAACGCCCGCAUCACGCUGGAGCAGAUCGACACGACCGAACGGAACAUUGACGACUGUAUCCGCCGGGCGGAGCUGGAGUACCACCUGGAGACCGAGGAGCUCAACAUUCUGAACCUGCAGGGGGAGCACAUGCGGCUCAAGUCGCGACUGGAGGGGGCCGAAGACAGCGCCGCUUCAGCGCGCCCCAUUUCGCUCUCCAGCUGCCUGCCGAGCCACGGCGAGGUGUCGCUGCACCCGCUGGCGGUGCCGUACGACCCCGGCGCGCCCUGCUUCACGCUGACCCAGCUCGGGCCGGAGACGGGCGUGCAGGUGGAGUGGGCACACGACCACUGCGGCCUGAGGAGCGGCGACAGGCUGCUGGAGCCGCCGCCUUACGACAGGAGCUAG